CCUCAGCGCACACAGUAAAACUCCUGUGAUGUCAGAGAGCAAGAACGAGCACCUGUGGGAGAAGUGUGAGGGUUCAGAGGACGACGGCAGGAGGAUGAAGAGGAGAGAGAAAAACAGAGUUGCAGCUCAGAAGAGCCGCAAGAGACAAACACAGAGAGCCGACCUGCUGCAUGAGGCCUGUGAGCUCCUGGAGCAGAGGAACCAGAAGCUGAGGACAGAGGUGGAUUCUCUGUCCGAGGAGCAGCGACUCCUGACUGAAACUCUCACAACCCACGAGAGUCAGUGUCCCAUCAUGCACUGCCCCUUCUCCUCGUCCGGCCUGCUGCCUGACAACAUGGCCGCCUGUUCAGUUUGAGGUGAGGGGUCACGUCUCUGACCUCUGACCAGUGCAACAUGUCUACAGCUGUAACCCACCAUGUGAUGCAACAACACAACUCUAGAGGGCAGUGUUCACUAUGAUCAGAAAUAAAGUGGCAGAUUUUAUAAUGGCAGUGAAGAGCGACCCCUGGUGGCCACACUCUGCAGUACAUCACUGUGGUGCCGGUGGUUCGACUCCUGUUUCAUCUUUCAGGUGGAAAAUUAAAUAAAACAUUUAGUUCAUAUUCAUAAUGUCACUGAAGAAUGAAUUCAUUGU